AUGACGGCAAUCGGCUCACUGAUUUUUUGCUCGGAUUGUGGCAACCUGCUGGAGCCAAAUGUGGGCAAAAAGGCCUCGAUCGAAUGCGAUGUCUGUGGCGCUCAGAAUAAAGACACGUCUUCCAAGGUCGUAGUGACCACAUCGAAGCCUUCGGCAUUCCCCUCGACUCUGCGCACGAGACUGCGAUCAGAUGUCCAGGAAAUCACAGAAGCCGAUAUGCAGACCGACGCCACCAUCAAGCAAUCCUGCGAGAAGUGCGGCAAUGAAGAAGUGCGGUUCUACACUCAGCAGCUUCGAUCUGCAGACGAAGGAAGUACGGUCUUCUUCACGUGCCCGAAAUGCAAUCACAAAUGGAACACCAACAACUGA